AUGUCGUUUAUGAUAGAUCAUAUUCUCGCCUUAUCACCAAAACGUGUUGCUCUUCAACCGAUCAAUUCGAACUCUCUUGCAAAGAAAGAUCGUCGUAUCCAACAAUGUCAUCAUUGUUGCAAAAUCUUCGAUCGGCCUUCGUUAUUAAUUCGACAUAUUCGAACUCACACUGGCGAAAAGCCGUAUGCAUGCGAUGUAUGUUCCAAAGCGUUUUCCACUUCAUCCUCAUUGAACACACACCGACGAAUCCAUUCGGGAGAAAAACCUCACGUUUGUGAAAUCUGUCAUAAAUCAUUCACAGCUUCAUCCAAUCUUUACUAUCAUCGAAUGACUCAUAACAAAGAUAAACCACAUCAAUGUUUACAAUGUACAAAGAGUUUCGCGACACCAGGCGAUCUUCGGUGUCAUAUGCAUACGCAUAAUGGCACAUGGCCAUUUCGGUGUUCAAUCUGUAAGCACGGCUUUUCUAAGCAAACAAAUCUGAAGAAACAUCUUUUAAUUCAUGAACAUAACGAAAAACAAUUGAUAAAUGAUGAAAAUAUGAUCUUAAAUUAA